AUGCACAUGUUGGCUAACAGUGGGUUCCAGAUUGCCCUAGGGUACGUGGUCCGUCGACGAUGGAAGGCUUUCCAAGACCUCGUGAGGUAUUGCCUCGUUAAUGAGAAAAGCAAGAGGAUGCGUAACAAGUACCUCGCCAACGCCCGCCAGGCUGCUUCUCAGCGACUUCAGAGGGGUGCCGACGUCAAUCGUUUCGAUUUCUUCAGUCAUCUACUGCAUGAAAAGGCCCCAGAAGCCAACAUUGAAUUCUUCGCCUCGCAGGGUAGCACAUUGGUUGCUGCUGGAACUGAAACGACAUCCACCUUCAUGUCCGCGCUCACGUACCAUCUCUUGCAGCAGCCUGACUGCCUGAAGCGCCUUCAAGAUGAGUUACGCUGCACGUUCCGACAGCACAGUGAGAUCGACGGUGAAUCUACAAAGCCACUGAAGUAUCUUAAUGCGGUGAUAGAAGAGGGGAUGCGCAUUUUCAACCCUGCAGCCUUCGGGUUGCCUAGGGUUAGUCCAGGAGCCAAUGUUACUGGAGAAUGGAUUCCGAAAGGGACGGUUAUAGCCACAGCAACUCAUGUAACUUCUCGCGACGAGAGAUGGUUCUGUAAAGCGAAAGAGUUUCAUCCGGAAAGAUGGCUUCCCGCGGAUCACCCAUGCUACGAUGCCACAUUCGAUAAUGACCAAAAAGAGGCUUCAAAGCCGUUCUCCAUCGGCCCAAGGUCUUGCAUUGGUAUCCACUUGUCUUACAUGGAGGUUCGAAUAUGUAUUGCAAAGUUGGCCUGGAGCUUUGACUGGGAACAGGUCAACGAAGGCGAAGAUUUCGUCAGAGAUGCGCGCUUGUUAGGGCUUUGGAAGGCUUCUCCGUUCCACGUGCGUUAUCGCCCGUUCCAUGGGUUCCAAGUCUGA